AGGUGAAGGACGUUUCUUUUGCAAUGGUAUGGAUCUGCAGUAUAUCUCUGCGAACAUGAGUCAGGCAAUGGCCAUCCAGACAGAUGCCGAGAAGCUCAUGAGGCGUGUAUUGACACUGGGAAUGCCCACCGUCGCAGCCUUGAAUGGACACACUGCAGCAGGGGGAGCAAUGCUGGCCCUUGCCUUUGACAAGCGUUUGAUGACAGCCGAAUCUCAAAGAUUCUUGCACGCAGUCUUGAACAAGUUUGUGGGAAGUAUGUCAUUUGGGUUGUUUUCUCUUGUCACCAUAGCCUGCAUAAACGUUCCCUACUUGGAAUUUGCAAAAGGCACGCGCGAAGCAGGGCUCAAAUUGUGUCUGAAGUUUCCACCUGUUGGUGUUUUCUUCAUACCUGGCAUUGACUUGGGCUUGGUCUACUCUACUGGCAUGACCGAGCUCAUGAAGGCCAAGAUGCCGCUUGCAAUGUGGAACGAUGUGCUUUGCAUGGGCAAGAGGUUUCAAUCUGAAGAGCUCCUCAAGCAUGGUGUGGUGGAAGCCAGGCCUCCGGCAGCUGAUCUCUUUGAUUCUGCCAUGGAGCUCGCGACAUCUCUGAAAAGCAAGGGAAAAGAUGAGAAGACACGCGACACGCUCCACAAGAUCAAGGGCAAUCUUUACAAGGAUGCUGCGGCAACUCUGGGAUUUCAAGUUCAAGAUAUGGGUUAUGCAACGGCCACCUUCUCAGCAACUGGCAGACCCCAAAAGUAGAUGCACCCCGGCACAGUUUAUCAAUUUUGAGCUCCGGCUGACAGGAGCCGUGUACAGAUUCAGGAGCGACUGGAGCCUGUAUUGCCCAGUUGCUCCUGGUAGGGUUAAGCUGGAGCUGUGCCUGUACAACUGCAGUGCCGGGGCCUGGCCUUGCACAAGGCAGCCCCACAGGUAAACAUAGGGCAGAAAUGUGGAGACACUGCCAGGACACUACCUUGCACAGCUUCUGUUUGCGUCCAUUUCUAUUCCUGGUGUUUCGCAUUUGUACAUUUUGGUAGUGGAAGCUAGGGCUUGUUCAAACCCUAGACUCCUCACGCCUUUCUUGGCAAUUGCCUGUACGUAUAGCUUUUCGAUGCUUUUUGAAGAUACUCCAGGCACUCUGACCGGUGCCAAUGCCAUAAUGCCGUAGCUUUCGGGCUCAGAUCUUUAGGACUGAUGAAGUCAGGCCAGC